AUGGAUUUCUCCUUCUCUUUCAUGCAAGGGAUCAUGGGAAACACAAUUCAACAACCCCCUCAACUCAUUGAUUCAGCCAACAUCAGGCAGGACGACGCGUAUGAAGCCAUCAGUGACCCAGGGGAUGAGGGCGGGGCACCGGCCUAUGAAUCCCCCCUGGAGUCUGGCUUCUCCUACCCCCCGGAAGACCUCUCGGUCGUCACCAACGGCUAUCCGGCCAACGUUGCUCCGUACGAGUCGCAGGCCAAGUUCGCCUUGUACUCGCAGUUCCCCAAUGGCUCGGCCAACGGGUACGGGUCCAUUCGGAAUUACGGGGACCACGGUUUGCUGCUGGGAGAGGGAACGGUGUUGAGACCUCCUGUUGUUCAGGAGAAACCUCAGUCCCACAUCUCUCCACCUCCUCACCCUCAUCUUCAUCAUCAGCCUCACCAGCCUCAUCCUCCUUCUCAUCACCACCACCACCAUCACCAUCACCAUCAUCAUCAUCCUCACCAUCACCGCCCGCAGAGUCCUCCUCUCAUAUCGCAUCACCAUCAUCCACCUCCUUCUCACCUCGUGGCCCCGGUGCUACCUCCUCCCCCGCCUCCUCCACCUCUGGUCCUCCCCUCCUCUCCUCCGCUCCUGUCGCCGCAGGACAGCACAGUGCCCAAGCCUCCAACGCAAAGCACCAUCACUCCCAAAAAGAACAGCUCCCCAGAGAUCAAGCUAAAGAUCAUCAAAACGUACCAGAACGGGCGCGAGCUGUUUGAGUCCUCGCUGUGUGGGGACCUGCUCCAGCAGUUCCAGGCCACCGAGGCCUCCAGACGAAGGCACGAACAGAAGAAAGAGAAGAGGAAAAAGAGAGGCAGCAGGCACACUGCUUCUAAAGAACAGGAGCCUCUGCAUAUGGGCAGAGGAGUCGGAGACAGAUCUGAAACGGCCCCCAGACCUGGGUCGCCUGAAGACAGCCACGUCGCUCUGGGAGAAGAACAGCCAGUAUCUCGACUCAAAAGUCCUAAGGCAGAAAGCAAGGAACAGAAAAUCGAAAAACACUUCUCGGCGGUCACCCCGGGGACUGGCUCCUGUAAAGAGUACGAGAUCGGAGAUUUGGUGUGGGCCAAGGUCGGGACCUAUCCCUGGUGGCCGUGCAUGGUUUCUUGUGACCCUCAGGUCAAAGUGCACACACGCAUUAACACGAGAGGUCACAGGGAAUACCACGUCCAGUUCUUUGGGAGUGUGGCGGAGAGGGCUUGGAUCCACGAGAAGCGGAUCGUCGUGUAUCAAGGCGAAAGCCAGUUUGACGAAUUGCAGGCUGAAACCUUGAGAAAAACCACCAACCCUAUAGAGAGACACAAGCUCCUGAAGCCUCAGUCUCAGAGGGAACGCGCUCAGUGGGAGGUGGGCGUGGGCCACGCCGAGGCCGCCCUGCUGAUGACGCGGGAGGAACGCAACGAGAACUACACCUUCAUUUACAUCGACCAAGAACCCGGCGCCGAAACCGUCACCUCGCCCACCAGGGCGCCGGGCAGGAGCGCCAGGUCCGAGAGGAGGCCCAGGCGCCCGAAGAGCGGCCCCGCCUCCAAAGAGGAGGUCGUCCCUCGCCGGCAGCAGCCGAGGAGGCAGUGCAGCGUGACCAGCCUGGAGGAGCAGACCUCCCCCGCUCAGGGAGGGAAGGAGGGGGAGCACAGUCCCGUGCAUCACGCCCACAGCCCCAGAGACCCCCAGAGCACCUCCAACCCCCCGCAGGCCUCCUCCCCGCCAGUGAGGAGUCCCUGGAGGACGGCUGCCGCCCGCAAGUUACUCCCUCUCUCCAUCACCAUGAAGAAACUCAACGUGGAGAUCGUCAAGUGCGACUGGCAGCUGGCGAAGGAGAAAGUGGCGCCUCCCAAAGAGCAGGAGAGCGAGGAGAGACCGCCGGAUCAGGCCCACUCUCCUGAGGGUUUCAGUGACAAAGCUGAGGCCUGUUCCAGUGAGGAGGAGCGUGCCACUUCUCCGUCCUGCUGGAGUGAUCAGGAGAGUGCAGAGAAUGUGCCCUCCACAGAGCACUCCUCAGAGAGGAAACAGCAGCGCAGGUGUGUGCGAAGCCGCUCUGAGUCAGAGAAGAGUGUGGAGAAUGUGCCAAAGAAGAAGGUGAAGAAGGAGCAGGCAGAAACUGCGCCCCAGAUGGACCUGAAGACGGGGUCACAAAAAGGGGCCAGUGAGAUCUCCGACUCAUGUAAACCACUGAAGAAACGCAGUCGCGCCUCCACAGACGUGGAGAUGGCCAGCUCCUUAUACCGCGACACGUCCGACUCUGACUCCAGGGGCCUCAACGACCCACAGAUCGGUUUUGAGAAACGCUUAGACAGCCCAGCCACUGCGGACGCCGACGGCUCAGACGCCCAGUCGGUGGACUCCAGCACGUCUCGCCAGGGGAGCGGCUCCUCGAAGAAGGACACGGUGUGCCAGGUGUGUGAGACGGCUGGCGACGCGCUGGUGAGCUGCGAGGGUGAAUGCAACCGAUUCUUCCACCCGGAGUGCAUGAGCUCCCCCGGUGGGCCGGAGGGAGACAACAUCUGCGCCGAGUGUAAAACAGGUUCUCAUCCCUGUUUCUCCUGCAAGGUUGCCGAGGGCGACAGGAGACGCUGCUCAGUCAGCGGCUGUGGGCGUUUUUAUCAUGAAACGUGUGCCCGUAAGUACCCGGGCACGGCGGUGGACUCACGAGGCCUGCGCUGCCCACAGCACAGCUGCGCCACCUGCUGUCUGGAGAGGGAUCUGCACAAAGCCAGCAAAGGUCGUAUGAUGCGGUGUAUCCGCUGUCCUGUAGCCUAUCACACAGGAGACAGCUGCAUCGCAGCCGGCAGCGUCACCGUGACCGCACACGUGAUCAUAUGUAGCAACCACUCCAGCUCCAAAAAGAACGGUCACUUCUGCUCCCCGGUAAACGUAGGCUGGUGUUUCGUCUGUGCGCGAGGGCUCUUAGUUCACCAUCACACAGUCACCAUAUUCAGUACAUAUUCCUUUAAGUGUCACUACCUUCUGACCGAGUCAAAUCGUGCUGAGUUGAUGAAAUUACCUUUGAUUACUUCUUCCUCGUCAGCUACCAAAAAGAAUAUUGGGAAAGGAGGAAGACUGCUGUGCUGUGAGUCCUGCCCGGCCUCCUUCCACCCAGAGUGUCUGAACAUGGAGAUGCCAGAGGGCCUGUGGCUGUGUGGUGAAUGCAGGGCGGGCAAGAAGCCUCACUAUAAACAGAUUGUCUGGGUCAAACUGGGAAACUACAGGUGGUGGCCAGCUGAGAUCUGUAACCCACGCUUGGUUCCGUCCAACAUUCAGAGUCUGAAACACGACAUCGGGGAUUUUCCUGUCUUUUUCUUUGGAUCCCAUGACUAUUACUGGAUAAACCAAGGAAGAGUUUUCCCAUACGUAGAGAGUGACAAGAACUUUGCUGAGGGCCAAGUGGGCAUCAACAAGACUUUCAAAAAAGCACUUGAGGAGGCGGCCAGGAGGUUCCAGGAGCUGAAAGCACAGAGGGAGACUAAGGAGGCGCUGGAGCAGGAGCGCAACUCCCGCAGACCUCCCCCCUACAAAAUCAUCAAGUCCAAUAAGCCGGUGGGGAAGGUGCAGGUGCACGUGGCCGACCUGUCGGAGAUACCACGCUGUAACUGCAAACCGCGGGAUGAGCGGCCGUGCGGCCAGGACUCCCAGUGCCUUAACCGCAUGCUCCAGUACGAGUGCCACCCGCAGGUGUGCCCGGCGGGAGACCGAUGCCACAACCAGUGCUUCUCCAAACGCAUCUACCCAGAGACCGAGGUCAUCAAAACCGACGACAGGGGCUGGGGCCUCAAAACCAAACAGGACCUGAAGAAGGGUGAUUUUGUGAUGGAGUACGUCGGAGAGCUGAUCGACUCUGAGGAGUGCAGACUGCGAAUAAGACACGCUCACGAGAAUCAUGUGACCAACUUUUACAUGCUGACCCUUACUAAGGAUCGCGUGAUCGACGCCGGGCCGAAGGGAAACUUCUCCCGUUUCAUGAAUCACAGCUGCAGUCCCAACUGUGAGACUCAGAAGUGGAUGGUGAAUGGAGAUGUGCGGAUAGGUCUCUUCACCCUGUGUGACAUACCUGCAGACACAGAGCUGACUUUUAACUAUAACCUGGACUGUCUUGGGAACGGGAGGACUUUGUGUCACUGCGGGGCAGAGAACUGCAGUGGUUUUCUGGGCGUCAGACCCAAGAGUGCCGUGGUCAUAGAGAAGGAGGAGAGGGUCCGGAAUGCCAAGCUGAAGGCCAGAAAGCGGAAGCUGAAGCCGGAGAGCAAGCAGGCCCAUGAGUACUGCUGCUUCUGCUGCGGGGAGGGAGGGGAGCUGGUCAUGUGUGACAGAAAAGACUGUCCCAAGGCCUAUCACCUCCUCUGUCUCAACCUCACCAAACCGCCCUACGGCCGUUGGGAGUGUCCGUGGCACCAGUGCAGUGUUUGUCAGAGCGCUGCCUCCUCCUUCUGUGACUUCUGUCCCGCGUCCUUCUGUCGGGAACACGAGAGAGGAGCCCUGGUCCUCUCGGCCCUGGACAACCGUCUGUGCUGCACCAGCCACGACCCGGAACGACCCCAGAGCUCCCUCGCCCAGCACAGCGUCAUCAAGGUGAAGGAGGAGCCUGAUCAUGUGGAGGAGGCAGGAGAGUGA